UUCAUUCGGAUUUUGUGACCCAAAAGAAACCCUGGCGAAGCUUCGGAGAGGCCAAUUUCCCUAAAGUACCCAGCAAUGUCUCUCUAUACCAAAUGACAAUUGGAAUCUUUCACAAGGGUAUUUCCGCCAAUUCAACAACUUGAAAAUGCCGGUAGUUAUAGACCGCGUAUGCGUCGCUGUCGAAGUCUUUAUUUUGAAACCUGUAUGUAUUUAUUUGAUAAAAUCCACUUCUCCUCCUCUUCGAAUUCAAAACCCCAAAACACCAAAGCAAAAAGAAAGUCUACAGAGAAACAAAGAGACUUUUGAUUUUGAGAGAAUGGGAGAUUGCAGGCCAUUGGGUUUCUUGCUGGGAUUGCCUUUUGCAUUGGUGGCAUUGGUGUUAUCUCUUGUGGGUGCGGUUAUCUGGGUUAUUGGGACUGUGCUGAGUUGUUUGUGCCCGUGUUGCAUAUGUUUUGCUGGACUUGCGAAUAUGGCGAUGGGUAUUGUGAAGCUUCCUGUGAAACUACUUAGAUGGUUCAUUGAAAAGAUUCCUUGUUAGCACUAAUUCAUUCAUUCUGUUUUUUUUUUUUUUUUUUUCUUAAAUGGGUACUCAGACAUUCAUUGCUGGAUUAGUAUUUGUGUGUCUGUUUUGGUGGAGGGGGUGUUUUAGGCGAUACAAUAUUUGUUAUUCCCUGAUAUUUGGUCAAAUUUCAGAUGCCGUGUGAUUAGUUGUAUUUUUUUUUUUUUUUUUUGGGUUGCUAAGCAGGAAAUUUUUGUAAAGAAGAAAAAAAAAAGUUAUUUGAUGGAGUAUAUUGGACUUCUUCUCCUUGA